CAGUAGAAACUGAUGAAAAUUUAAAUUCACAGGAGGAAUUAGAAUCAAAAAGUGAGAAAAAAAUUAAGUUAGAUACCACUAUAGGAAAAAAUAGGAAAAACCAACAUGUUCAAAAAAGAUUAUUGCUACUCAAUCUUAAUGAAUUAUAUGUUGCAUUUAAAGAAGACUACCCUAACGUUAAGUUAGUUUGUCAAAGUUUUGUAUUCUUAAACCUAAAGGGUACAUUACAACUAAUGCGUCAGGUAAUCAAAAUGUAUGUGUAUGCAUGUAUCACCCAAAUUUCUCAUUAAUGCAAUUAGGUGGAAUAAAAGUUAUAAAGAUUUCAUGGCAUUGAUUGUUUUUUCUUUUGAAAAUGUAGAAUGUUUGUUGCAUCGAUUAACUAAUGCUCUGGUAUUGAAGCAUUAAAAAAUGUUUCAGUGCAGAGGUUAUGGACCAUUAGCUCGAAGAAGAUGUAGCAUUCAAGCAAUGGCAGAGUACCAAUCGAACAACACUAUUACGAUCAUUGCCACUUGAUGAAUUUAAUGAUUUAUUAUGUGACAGCAUUGACAACAUCACCACUCAUUCAUAUAUUGCAAAAAUACAAAGUAGAUAUUUGAAAAACUGUAAAGAAAAUCUUAAACAAAAUGAAUGCCUAAUUUUAGGAGAUUUUACAGAAAAUUAUCAAUAUGUUGUUCAGGAUGAGGUUCAAAGUUAUCACUGGAGCGAAAGUCAAUGUUAACUUUUUACAAUUGUACUUUAUUUUAUAUAGAGAAAAAAGUUCUUAAACAUAAAUCUUUUUGUUACCUUUUAGAAGAUGUUGAUCAUGACACAGGGUUGAUUUGCAAGACUUAAAAAGAUAUAAGCAGAAAUAUCAAAGAAAAUUUACCUGUGUAUUAAGUGUGAAAUACUUUUUCAAUGGUUGUGCAGCACAAUUUAAAAAUUUUAAAAAACUUUAUCAAUCUUUGUCAUCACAGUAAAGACUUUGAUUUAAAUGCUGAAUGGGUAUUUUUUGCUACCAGUCAAACACAAUCACAAUUAGAAAAAAUAUGUUUAGGUGAAAGAACAGUUCCUGUCACAAGGAUAUAGCUUUUUUUUUUUUGGUUGUUAUUUUAGGUGCCCCAAGAAGUCCUAACGGUCUUGUCACAGAGCACCGCGGAACUGCAUUUAACAAGAAAGUUUACGCCUCCUUCAAUACCGUGACCGAAAAUAUGUCCAAAGCUCGUUUCGAAUCUGGAUCUCCUGCUUAUAAAGCAAGUGUUCUAACCACUGUGCCACGACCGCACAUUAUCAUUUUAUUCCAAUUGCUUCCAACACUAUAAGUGAUAAAAAAAAACAGGAUGAAUUUUCGUAGGUAGGGAUUGCUGAAGAUGUGAGUAAGCUUGAUAUAAAAGUCAGAUCCACAUGGAGCAGGUUUUACAAUCUAUUUUUUUUCUGGUGUCUUGUUGUUCAGAUAUAUUUGGAGUUGUGAACUACUUCAUUGAACUUCAUGAUCUUCCUAAUUGUUAUUUGGAUAAAGAUAAAAAUAAUAAAGUUGUUUACAAUUGUAAUGGUGGCAUGAAGUUUUCAAUUGAAAAUGGAAAUCCUGGAGUUUUAUUUCAGUCAUUAACAGACAAUACAAAAUAUCUUUGUCAUUCAAAUUGGGUUCCUAUUAUAUAUCACUUGGCUAGUUAUGAGUGUAUUUAUUAUAUCUUUCAAAAAAAUGAUUCUUAUGUUAUGAUAAGAUCAAAAUCAUAUUCGUCAAGGUAUCUUUGGCAAAAUGAUUUAUUAUUUGCAUUUCAAGCAAACAUAAUUGGAAAAACAGCAAAUCUAUAUAAAUUUGUUGUGUGUGACUUCAGCAUUAAAAAGAUUGAUCCCAUCUCAAAAUAUUCUGUUAAUGUUUUUAUUAAUGAAUCUUCACCAAUAUUUAACACUCCUGGUUUAAGAUUCAUGAUCAAAUGUGAAAGUUCAAAUAAUGAAAUCACUAAAUUUAAUGUUACAGGCAAUUCAGUUCUUAUUACUUUGUCACAUAGCAACACAACUUACAAGUUUUCUGCUGGUUUUCAAAAUGAAUAUGGCAUCUAUGUGUUUGGAAAUGUUUCCUACUAUAAAACAGAUGAAGAUGAAUAUUAUGGUCGUGGAAUACUUGUAAAUGCUGAUAAAUCUUAUUUGUAUAUAUGCAUGAACCAACAUGUUGAGAGCAUAAAACCAGCAUGUUAUUAUUCAAAUAUCACUGGUGAUUUUAUAAUUGGCAACGCAGCGGGAUUGUUUUAUCGCAACGAUUCGUCAAGUUUAUGGACGCAAAGAGUCAAGUGGAAUCAUAACAUUUUUUAACUUUUACUAUAGUUUUAUAUUUUUUCGUAUUUUGCAUUUUAUCGAGAAAGAAAGAAUCAUAUAGAGUUUA